AUGUCGUUACGAGGAGCCCGCAAGGCGAUAUACCGCACGCCGCACCAGAUCAUUGGGCGCAAGAGCGGCGAUGACCAGCUGAUCAAGAACUGGGAGCACGACCUGCAGUCGGCCGUUGCUGGACUGGAGUUCCUAAUUGUGCAGGAGCGCAAGUGGAGCAGGUGUUUUGCCAGCAUCCUUGAUAAUCUGCUGGGGAGCAUGAACACGUUCGAAGAUAUUCAUGCGCCGGUGACGAUGAAGGCCAAGGACAACGAGGAGGACCUUGUUUACGACGAGAACGAGGAUUUCUCGAACGUGACGGUGAACGAGAUCCGCCAGGCCAGACGGCUGUUCCGGAUCAUCUACGACCAGGUCACGCAGCGGAUUGAGACCAGCAAGGACACGUUUGUGGAGCAGUGCGAGGAGAUGAAGGACCAUAUCCGGUUGUCGUUGAAACUGAUCACGAAGCGCAACCACAAGAAGAUCGACUACGACAUGUACCACAACUCCGUGGACAAGCUGCUCAAGGCCAACAGCUUCAACGAAAAGGACAAGACCAAGCUGGAGACGUCGAAGGGUCAAUUGGACGACAGUCGCACAAUCAUGUACGAUCUGGACGCCAAGGUGAAGCUGAUUGUUCCGCAGGUGCUGGAGACGUUGUCGGAGUUUAUCCACAAGCUCACGUUGAAGUUUUACUACCAAAAUAGAGACAUAUUCAAGUUUCUGACGCAUAACCUGAGCAAAUACGCCGAGUUGCAAGGCGUGAUUGUGCACAAACAGGAGACAGAGUACGGGAACAUCGAAAAUAGCUGGCACGAAAAGAUCCAGCAGGCCAAACAUAAGCUGGAGUCGUUGGACUUACUUAACGACUAUAAAAAGUUCCAGGAGAAGAACUUCAUCGACAAGACCGGGCAGCAGGUGAACCACUUCACGGGCCAGGUUGUUGGGUCUGCGAUCGACUUCACGAGCUCGUUGUACACCAAGACGGUGAAUCCGCACCAGCGGCUGAACUUGCGCACGUUCAGCAUCGACAACCCGGUGCGUCCUGCGACGCGGGACGGGAUCUUUGCGACGGCUGCCGACCCGCUGUUGUACGUGAUGGACGAGACCGCGGCGAUGGAGGAGGAAACGGACGACGAGGACUCGCACAGCUGGCUUAAGCCGUUGUCGCUGGAGAAGCGACACGAGGGCAGCACGACCCCAGAAAGCGUGCCCGUGACGCCAAGAACGCCCAGCACGGCGCUCACGUCGCCCACGGUCGACCAGACAACAGAAACCGCGCGGUACCUGGCUGUUUCUGUGGAGGCCAUGAAGACGCGGGUGCGCGACGCCAUCACGAAGCCUGCGCUCGAGGUGGCGCCGGUGACGCGGCUCUCGUCGCCCGACGCGCUCGAGAACCCGCUACGGGAGCUUGUUGGUGCACAAUCGUCGCUGGCUGCGGCGCUGAUGAGGUAG